CUCGUCCACUCCCACUCCGCCCGGCUGCUCCCGUCCGAGCAGCAGCAGGAGCGGGGCUCGCCCUCGGCGCUCGCCUCGCCGUCUUCCUGCGCGCGCGGUCGCCGCAACCUUCCGCCGCGUCGGUUUCUGGACUUGCCUCGGCGGGCGCACGAUGGCGGACGCGACGCCACGCGCCAGGCAGCCGCCGUCGUGGGCGAACAUCCCGCGGGACCUGGCCGGCAUGGUGCUCCGCCUCCUCCCGGCCCGCGCGGACCGCGCCCGCUUCGCCGCCGUGUGCUCGCAGUGGUGCGCCGCCGCACGGCAGCUGCCCCUGCCCCCGCCGCUGCCGCUGCUCGCGCUCCCGGACGGCACCUUCUACAGCCUCCCCCACUGCCAGCGCUUCCGUUUCCCUGGCUUCGGCUGCGCCGGCUACAAGAGCGCCUGCUGCGGCAGGUGGCUCGUCUUCCCGCGCGACGACGGCUGCUUCUUGGUCGACCCCUUCGCCGGGGCCACCGUGGCGCUGCCUCCUCUGUCUCGCGUCCGGCUCCGGCCCCCUAAUGCGACGGCUAAGUAUGUUCAGCUUCCGGGGGUCAGUAUGUUCUACCCUUACGCUACUUGGAUGCAUAUCCAGGACCCGAAGAAGAUGCCCGUGAUAAAUAAGAUAAUCAUGUGCUCGCCAAACCUUGUCGCUGCAUUCGCUGGCUCUACGCUCACUGGUGCUGGGCAAAACAGUCAGAUUAUAGUGUGCCAGCCAGGGGCUUCCUCAUGGUCGGUACGCGCCAAGGACCCUUGCAAGUUGUUUGAAGAUAUGGCAUUCUAUCAGGGAAAGCUCUAUGCCCUUGCUAAUGACGAGAACCUCCUUAUCGUCAGCAUCAGCCAAGACCCAACCACCGGUGAUCCACAGAUCUCCCGAUUUGGACAGGUCAUCAGUGGCGAUCCAUGGUAUUCGACCAUUAUGCCUGGUGACGCUACAGGCAAAAAGAAGCUCUACCUAGUUGAAUCCGGUGGCUCAUUGCUGAUGGUACGCAGGAAGGUUUGCUGCAGACUGGAAGGCGAGACAGUUAUGGCUGAACAGAGUGAGUUUGAGGUGUUCAAGGCUGACUUUGAGCACUCACGGUGGGUGAAUGUGACAACGCUGGGCAAUGAUCAGAUGCUUUUCCUUGGACGACCAUGCUCUAGGGUUAUGUCUGCGUCUCAGUAUGGAGUGCCAGGUGACCAAAUCUUCUUCUUGGAUGAUGUUCUGGAGAAUUAUUGCAAGGAGUACUCCUUUGACGAGGAGACCACUUCUGUCAGUGUCUACAACAUGAAAAGUGGCAAGGUCUCUUCCCCUCUGCCGAUGGUCUGGAAGCAUGAGAUGAUUCUUGCGACGUGGCUGUUCCCUUGGGACUAAGGUGAAGGUGCUGUUUCUAACCAUUGUAUGGUGAUUAAUUACUCCUCUAUAUGUUAACUUCAUCAGUAUUGGUGUAGCCUUGUAUUGGUGUCUUGGCUACUUCUCUUUUGGGGAAAUAUGGUGGUCACUAGUCCCGUGCCUAUCAGCCUAUGCAACCUGUGAAAUUUAUUGAACACUCUGUUAUCUGACCAUGGUUCGAUCCAUGAAUGGUACCUGUAAGAACAUUGGAGUUGACCAUGAAAUGCUCGUGUAGUGAACAGAAUUGGAUGAA